AUGGGAUACCAAGCUGCGCUCAUAGCAAUGGCUGCUAUAGCCAUUGUGUUGUUAAUUCCACCUUUCAUAUGGCACAUAAAGGCCCUCAACAUACCACUGAUAACGUUGAUAUGCUGGCUGCUGUUAAUGGAUAUAAAGACUUUCAUCGAUGCCAUCAUAUGGGGUGGUGAGGAUUUCAAGUCACGGUACAAUGGUGUUGGUUACUGUGAUGUGAUGGUGAGAAUUCAAGUAGGUGCAAACGUUGGGAUAAGUUCAAGCAUUGCAGGGGUGAUGUUCAACUUGUAUAGGAUACUGAAAGCAGAUAGUGCACUGCCCACACUUAAGAGCUUCAAGAAAGUGGCAGUGGAUCUCUUAAUCAGUCUUCUAACACCAGUUAUUGUAAUGGGGUUGAACUACUUGGUGAUGAUCAGAAGAUUCUCGAUUCUUCAGUACUCUGGUUGUCAAGGGGUUACCUCCUUGUCAUGGGUCACAGUUGUUCUGUACUCGAUGUGGAUGGUCAUUUGGUCACUUGUCAGUGUUAUCUUUGCAGUGCUGAUUAUCUUCGUCUUCUUCAAGAAGAGGAAGGAUAUCAAGGAUAUCCUUCAAUGCACAAAUUCGGGCUUAAACCUGGUGAGAUUCUCUAGGCUUCUCAUCUUCUGCUGUAUCAUUGCCGUUGUUAUGCUGCCACUGUCCUUAUUUAUCUUUGUUGAUGGUCUAAGCAACGUUGAAAACACCUAUGAUUUUGAUAUAAUUCAUUCCCAAGCCAUUUGGGGAGUUAUCACAUUCGUGCCACUCUCUGAGCCUUACUAUAUCACCUGGAUAUACUUGGCUCUGUCCUAUGUUGUCUUCAUAUUCUUUGGCCUGGGAUCGGAUGCCAUCGACAUGUACUUGAAGGCCCUGUGUCGAAUUGGACUUGGUGGAGCCAUUGAGUAC